CCUCUGAGUCAAUGUAUGAAGAUCACCCACAAUAUUAACGCACCAGAUGAGAUACAGAGACAGAUCAGCUGGCAACACUUGAACCUUUACACCAUGUCUGACAACAAAACCAUCGUUUUCUUUGACCUGGAGACCACUGGAUUAGACACUACGGUGUGUCACAUCAUCCAGUUGUCGGCGGCCUGUGGGGCGAGGACCUUCAACGUUUACACCCUCCCGCACCGCGAGCUCACUGAGAGCGCCAAGCAGGUGACGGGCUUCACCGUCAGUGAUGGCGAGCUGUUCCUCCGCGGGAAGCCCGUGGACACCAUCCCUCUUGCUGAUGCCCUCACCUCCUUCCUCGACUUCCUUCGCUCCUUCCGCAACCCCGUGCUGCUGGCGGCCCACAGUGCGAGGCGGUUCGACGCUCCCGUGAUCAUCAGGGUGAUGAGAGAGCUCAACCUCCUGCAGGAGUUUCGGAAGGUGGUGUCCGGGUUCGUGGACACCUUCCCGUUGAGCAAGAACCUCCACCGUCUGAGGAGUUACUCUCAGGAGAACAUGGUCCGCCACUUCCUGGGGAAGACCUACGACGCCCAUGACGCAGUGGAGGACGCCAAGAUGCUGCAGGAGCUGUUCAACAAAUGGAAUCCCAGCAACCAGUCCAUCAUCAGAGUUACCUUCUCGACCCAUGCAGUUUAAAAAGAAAGCUACAGAGAAGGAACAAUUUAGCUAUGAAAACAAAAUAUUCCAUUUUAAACUGAACCUUUCCUUUUGCAGUUUUUCUUCUCAUCAUGUAGCCUGAGGUAGAUUAUUUUAAACGCUUGGAAGAAAUAUACGGGUUAAAUCAACUUCUUCUGAUUGGAGACAAAUAUUGUAUGUUACACCCCAAAGUCACAGAUAUGUAAUGAUCAUACUGUUUACUGUUUUGUCUUAUAUGUUUUGUUAAUAUAUUGUAACAUGUGUCAUACUCACAAGUUUUUUCUCUUCUCUAUUUUGUAAUAAUUCAUAAUAAAAAAUAAUUCCAGUGCCA